AUGAUGCUGGCAAGUCUCCUGCAUUCCGGGCUGUUUGGGGCAAACCGGACCUACUUUCUGCACUUCCGGACGGAGUCGAGCAUCGAGUAUCACGAUGGCCUGGUGGGCAACUCCGUCGCGGUAGCUAUCGAAAUCACUGUUCUCCUUGGUUUGAAGGUGUGGCUUCAGUGCAUGUUCGGCAUCAACUUGUGGGAGUUCAUGGGCACAUGUGUUCGACUGGACUUCUCCUUCUAUGUCUUCGCCAUGUCCUGCUGCUUCAUUGCCUGGAUUGCAAUCAUGCUCUCACAUUUUGGGACCUGGGACCUACUGAGCUGGUUGAAUGCAUGA